ACUCCAGGUUUACUCCUCCCUGUGUUUCCCAACUUGGAUCUAGAAUUGUUCGAAUGGUUUCUCUCUCUCUCUCGGAACCCCGGGCCGGGACGGGACGGGAGAACCCGCGGGCGGAGCGAAACUUCCGAACUUACAUUUCAACUCCAAGUCUCCAGUCCGAGUUUGUUGUUGGUAUUAGCAUGGGGCCUGGAUAUUAGUGCUCUAAACAAAACGAAGAUCGAAAACUUAUCAAAAUGAAAGUGAUAAUUUUAUUCUCGCUGAUGACGACUGGACUAGGAUUACAAAUGUUUAGCGUGACUCCGACAUAUCGUGAGGUUAACCCCGGAGGAACAGUCCUCAUGAACUGCGUUGUUGAGUCCAUGAAGGGUGAGUGUAGGUGGGAGAAGGACGGAGUACCAAUUGGAUUAUAUCCUGGUAAAUAUGAGAUGGUUGGAGAGAAGGAUGGAGAUUGUACACUCCGUAUCCUGGCAGCCUCCAUGGAGUUCGACAACGGGGUCUGGCAGUGCCAGGUCACUGCAUCAGACUUUAAACAGAAGGAUACUCUUAUAUCAGACGGAGCUCAACUUGUUGUCAGAGUAUCUCCGGGUGCACCUGAGCUACGUAAGGCUGGAGGAGGACGGGUUGCGGAGAAAAUCACAGGACGGGCAGGAGAGGAGCUCAACCUGGAGUGCGUAUCUGAGGGAGGGAAUCCUGCUCCACUCCUAUCCUGGAGAAUUGGAGGGAAAACUAUUAAACCUAGUGGAGAUCAGGAUGACACAUUACAGACUGGAGGUUACUGGAGCUCAACCUCCAGGUUGCUUCUCCCUGUCUCCAGGGAUGAUAAUGGAGCAACUGUAGAAUGUAUCCUGGAACACUCUACUAUAGAGGAACCUAGCACUAGUUCCUUAAACCUGGAGAUAUAUUUCCCACCCCGGGUAGAACUUACAACAAGUUCUCCUGCUCCUCUGCCAGAGGGAGCAUCUGUUACCCUGAGCUGUGAUGUGACCAGCAACCCUCCUGCCAAGAUAUCCUGGAGAAAGAUAGGACUCGGAGAGAGUAUCCUGGUUGGGAGUUCUCCGAACCUGGUUCUCAACCCUGUGAGAAGAGAGGAUGAUGGUAGCUACCAGUGCUCAGCUGAGAAUGAGCUUGGAUUGUCUAAACCUGAAACUGUUCUUGUUCAAGUUCAUUAUGCUCCUGUGAUUGCUGGUCUAUCUGCUACCGGUAGAAUCGAAGUUCAGAUCGGAGAAAUGAGAACUCUACGGUGUCAUACUCAGGGUUCUCCGAGUCCUAAUAUCCAGUGGCUGCAACAAACACAUACCGGAGAGGUUCUUGUGCGUGGCUAUGAUGAGGAACUAAAGAUUGAGCGGGCUAGUUAUCAGCACCAAGGUAGUUUUGUGUGCUCUGCUAAGAAUACUAUCGGAGAAGUUCAAUCUGAUCCGAUCCUCAUUGAUGUUCUUGGUAAACCUGAGAUAGAUCGGAUAAAGGUGAAGACGGAGUAUGUGUUAAACCUAGGAGAGGAUCUCAAUGCUGUGGUUGAAUUCUGCGCUAAACCUGCUCCACGUGUAACCUGGAACCUGGGUCCGGUAGGGCAGGCUGAUAGGACAGUAGAGCUCAUAGCAGGGUCAACCUUCGAGCGAUUCCAUGCCGGGAGUAGUCAUGUGAUCUCCGAGUAUUGUUUCUCCGCCAGUCUUCUCAUCUUUAGUGUCAGGUUGGAGGACUCUAAAGAGUUCAUUCUCCAGGUGGAAAAUGAUUACAGGAAAGAAACUCUUCCACUCCGCGUUGUUGUGAUUGAUACAAGACUAUUUACCGAGGAAGUAUUUGCUGCAAUUAUAGUCGGAGGAGUUCUGACAAUUCUCCUGCUCAGUGUUAUUAUUAUCUACGUGGUUCGGAUUGGUUGUUGCUCCGGUGGCCCUCCUAAGGAUUCAGGCAGUGAUCGUACGGACCUGGAGAGCUGUAGAAGUAGUACAGUUAGUCACAACAGUCACAAUACAAUACCUCCUGAUGCACUCUACGGUACUGUCAAGAAAUCAUACUUUGAACCAGAGUUUAAUAACUCCAAAGAGAAACUUCGACCUGAUCUUCUCCGCUCUGGUGAAAACAGUCCUUACUCCGGGAGAAGUUACUCCGUUCAGCAGGGAACGAUAAACCCUAUCGGAGUGCAUUCUGGCACCCUGAGAAAAACUAAAGUGAAUCCUAACAUAGAUCCUAAACUUUCUGGAAGUUUGAGGAAGAGUGGAAAAUAUCCUGAGUACCGUAGUCAAGGAGUGGAUUGUCAGAUUAGUAGUUCAUGUCAAUCCAACUCAUCUCUAGACGAUAUACUUUACUCUUAUAGUUCUAAUAUACAGUAUAAAGGACAGGUUUAGCUCCUCCAUUGUAGGUUUAGCCUGCUCCGGGUGCAUAUUUAACAGCUCCUGGUUUAACAGUAGCUCCUUCUCCGGAAAAUGCACCUUCAAUGGAAGGCUGUUUCCUGGCAUAAAUUUAUAAAUAGAUUAUUAUAUUACAUUGUCUCAUUGUUCAUGAUUAAUAAACGAUUAAUAAUA